GAUGUAUCCCAGCAGCCCCUCUAUAGCAACAGAAGACCUUGGUAUAAAAAGCAGCAAGUUCAGGGAAGCCUCCUAAGUUUUUCUCAGCUGCAGCAUGACAAGGACCAAGACCUUUAGUGUGUGGACUUAACAAAACAAUGCCAAGCCUAAUUACCGCAAAGCACUUCAUCAUGGACAGAGAUGACAAGAAGCGAAACAAGAACAUUGGAAAGAACUUCAUGUGCAGGCUCCAGUGCAUGUUCUCACACUCAUCAAGCGCUGAGAGCAGGCUAACUUUAGAAGAUACCCAACAAUGGUCACAGUCUUUGGAAAGGCUUCUGGAUUCAAAAUAUGGAUUAGCUGCAUUUCGCAACUUUCUGAAAUCUGAAUACAGUGAUGAGAAUAUUGAAUUUUGGCUCACCUGUGAGGACUACAAGAAGAUCAAGUCUUCAUUCCGAAUGGCGUCAAAAGCCAAGAAAAUCUAUGAACAAUUUAUCAAAGCUGAAUCCCCGAAAGAGAUCAACAUUGACUAUCACACCCGGGAGCAGAUCAAAAGAAGCGUCAAAAGUCCCACCAUAUACUGUUUUGAUGAUGCCCAGAAGAUCGUUUAUGGGCUAAUGGAAAGAGACUCAUACCCGCGGUUUCUACGGUCAGACAUUUACAGAACUCUCCUCGAAAACCUUUCAGCUGAUGCCACAAAAGGAUGAAAGCAACAGAACAACAUUGGACAUACAACUCAUGACUGGAAUGCUGGGCCCCGUUCAGCACGAAGGAUUGAUAUUGUUGAAGGGAACAACAGUGGCAAAAAUGGAAGCCUCAGAGUUGUCACUGGACCCACAACUCCACCACGGUCUAAUCUUAAAGGAUUCCGACAGUGAGCAUGCACUGUGUACCUGAUGAAUGUGAAAGCAAACGUCAUACUAUCUGUUCUAAUGAGAAUGGCAAUCUAUUAGGAGAUUUUGACUGGACCCAACAGUUUUGCUUUGACAAAUGAGCUACAUCACGUACACACAUGCACCUACAAUAGACUGACCUCACUGCCCUUGUUUGCAAAAGCGUCAUCUGUGGCGCUAAGGCUAAAAUAGGUAUGCAACAUUGAAGCAUGCCUCAUUCAUUCAGGUAAAUUCAUUCCUGGGCAUUGAGUCAAUUGUAUGUAGGCUUUUCCUGUCAUCUUAGAGGACAUUACAGAUCUCAUCCGAGCAGGCUUCAUCAGUUCCUUGAAAGGCUUAGUUAUGACAGCAGAAACCUCUGUUUUGGUGUGGAAACACAGAACACAUGCUCCAAAUGGGAGUUUGCCCCUCCAAACACCAAUGAUAUUGUUCUAUAGAAUAUUGCUUUAGCCUUUACAGCUCUUUUCUGAGUGAUCAUCAUACACUUUAUGUAACUCUUAGAGUUAGCGUAGCAUUCGCAUUAGCAUUAGCUUAAGAAUGGCGAGCGUCCUCUUAAAACACUGGCCAGUCUAAAGCAGAGCCACUUGGCUUUUCUGGUCAGUAAGUCUAGAGGAUGUUAAAUGCUCGGACAUUUUUUUUUACAUACAGAAUGAAUUGUAUUGUUCUUUUGAAACGAAAACGGCAAUUGCUUAGAUGCUAUGCAGAGGCCACUGUCUGAUACCUAAAGUUCAUCAGAUGGGAACACCCUUAUUAAUAGUCUGUGAAAAAAGAAGACUGAUGGUAGGAUGAGAGAGGCUGUUUUCAUGAAAGGGGAAAAACCAUCUCUAAAACAAAAAGAUCGUUUCCGACGCCACCUUCGUCCCACCAGUGUUGUUUUCGUCAACAAUGACGAUAACGCAUAUAUUUCGUCGACGAGCUAUUUUUUUUAUGACGGUGACGUGACGAUAACUAGCUUAAAACGUGGCUUGGGUGACUAGAACAUAAUGAGACGAAUGCCAGUUUUCAUCCGACGUGACGACAGCGGGAAAAAAUGUGACAUAGUUUCUGUCAUAUUUUCACAACGCCUGACAUUUUCAUAAUAUACGUUGAGUACUUCAGCUUGCAUCGUAGCAUUGUUUGGCUCGUGUCACUCAUGUGAGAUGUGCUGCGCCUCUCCCUCACUCUCAUCACCAGAGUUUAGGAUGUAUAUCAAGUUAGGCUGCGCUCCAUCUUGCUUGUUUGGAAACACGGUAAGAUUUUUUUUCUUAUCUUGGCAAGAGAAAAUAUGCAAUGUUGCUUUAGCCUUUAAAGGUCUGUGCUGAAUGAUCAACAUACGCUUUAUGUAACUCUUAGAGUUAGCGUAGCAUUCGCGUUAGCAUUAGUUUCAGAAUGGCGAGCGUCCUCUUAAAACACUGGCCAGUCUAAAACAGAGCCACGUGGCUUUUCUGGUCAGUAAGUCUAGAGGAUGUUAAAUGCUCGGACAUUUUUUUUUUACAUACAGUUGUGGCUUCUAGGUAGGUUUAAUUGAAAAUAACGUCCUGCUUUUCCUGCUGAGAGUGUAUUAUCAUGGCAAAGUUCGCGUUGUCCUUGUAGACGCCACAAUAUGUGCUCAUCUGUCUAUGUUCAUUCGAAAUGGCAGGGAACCUUUAUUUGUUUUUGGACUAAAACUUUUGAAGUCAUUGACUUCACUGUCAGUUGAUGUGCUCGGUGCUGAUCCGUAGGGGGCCUAUUUUCAAAAACUUUAAAUUCUAAUAUUUUCAAAACCAAAGCCGCUGGCGACCUAAAACCAAAACAGGCAACACCCUGAGGCAUAUAUGAGUCUCCCUGAGCAGCGACAUCAAAAAAUUCAAAGUCGUUCCCUAAUAAAAUCCCAUUCAAUUAUUAUUUUUAUCCACGUAUAGCAAAACAAAAUGGCUAUAAAAUUCUCAAAUUUUACUCUUGAUGCACAAAAAUCACCAAAUGCAGAGAUAAUCACCUAUAUUUUCAGACUCCAUAGCAAUAUUUAACAAAUAAGUUUUUGACCGAAAUAGCGACCUAGAUUUUUUUAUUUAGUGCAAGUUUUCAACAGCUAAUAAAUCACUUAAUUUUCUCAUCAGAAACUUAAUCCUUGAGGAAAGCAUGCAGAAUCAUCUUAUUUUAACUCAACAAAAGCCAAAUUUGCAUUUUUUUAUGUAGAAUCACAACUUAUUUAGGUUAAAUUCCCAUGUUACUAUUGCCUCAGCACGGUGGCAUGUCUUGCCGGCUAUCUGGCCCUCAUCGUUUUUAGAUUGAAAUAUUACAUAAAAUAAAUCACGUAAAAGGCAAAAACAAAAAAUGUAUGGACGCAGAAAUGUCUAAAUUACUAUUUUUUUGCCAAAAAAAAGGCAGUUGGCCGAAAAUUACCUGAUCAUUUGAAUGUAAACUUACGCUACUGUGUAUGGAUACAACAUGGCGGCCAUCACAAAACAAAAAGCUUUUUAAGUUCUUAAUUUAUUGUAAAUAAAUGCAUACAUCACCAGAAUUUGUAUGGAUAUGAACAUAGAACAGUCUAGAUUCUUGGUUAAAAGCAAAGAAACAGGCAGUUAUCAUUCAUUUUACGUAAAUAUUUUGAGCUAAAAUUACGCUAUUGUGUGUGCAAUGUGGCAACCAUCACAAAACAAAGAGCUUUUUAAGUUAAAAGUGCAUGCAUGGGGCUCUUUUAUAUGAUAAAUACCUUGAAUUCUCGGAGAUAUCACUCUUGACACAAUCCCUCCUGCUUGUAUGCGGUAAAAAAGUUUCCACCUAAAUCCAACGUUUGAAUGCAGCGUGUGUUUGAGGUCAUCACAGUCAAAGCCAACACAGCUCAGCCUGGGCUGGCCCUCACUUGGAAGGCGUGGCGCAAUGUUAGUGGGAGCUGUCUUGUCAACUGAUAGUGAAGUCUAUGUUGAAGUUUACAGACGAAAACAUUUUGCGUGAAUGUCGACUAAAAUUAGAUGAAAUUUGUAUGACAUUUCGGCGACUAAAAGUAGACGAAGACAAAAACAUUUUGAAAUUACUAAAAUAUGACUAAGAUUAAUAACUACUUUAGUCUAAAAGACUAAGACAAGAAUUAAAAGGGCUGCCAAAAAAAAGCACUGUGUCCCACAUAAAACGCUGUCCUUUUAUCCAUUCCAACCAUUUAAAACAACAUUUUUCCGUAGAUCCCCAUUCUAAACUGCCCGGUUUCACCGUUAAAAUCAAUGCAUUUAAAGCCUGCUUUAUUCAUUAAAUUUGGAUUGUAUGCAUGCACCAUUGUUUCAUGAAAAAUUUCUUACGUUAAAAAAAAAAAAAAAUGUCCAUAUCUAUGGAUUUGUGGGUGGGUGGCUACAAAAGUCCCAUGGUCUAUAUAUGAUUUUAUUCAUUUAUCUAUUUAUUUUUGACAAUCGUCACAGAUUUUUGGAUUGGCAAACGAGCCCUCAUGUUUCACUUGUUUAUGAAAAUUUGAAUAUACCGUUGAACCUUCAACACAAUGUACCUUUGUGACGAACUUACCCAAACAAAUGCACUACACUAUGAAUAGGCUUCACCAACACGACAAAAAACCAUGGCGUCUGGCAUGGCGGCGCCUUGAACAGUGAAAAAUAGGGAGCAAUCAAGCGUUGCUAUGGUUUACACCACCAAGCGUUUGUGUAGUUUGUUUUUACAGUCGCUGGUUUUCACCCAACAACCCUUGUUGUCAGACAGUGGACUAUUUUGCAAUUUGCAAUUGAAAAACUGCUGUUUGCAUCUCAAGAAUGAUACCAUUGGUGUUUGGCGAUGUGCCUCCAACCUUGGAGCAUAACUAACUGAUUCCAUCACAGCACCGGUUAGUGCUGUUCUAACUAAGCCUUUGCAUAUCCUGAUGAAGCUUUCUCACGUGAGAAAAGUUUUUCAGACCGCAAGAAAAUUUGACUUGCAGUCGAUGCAUGUGUCGCGCAUUACACAUAAUAAUUAGACUGUCAAUUAUGUGGGAAUUUGAAUGUUCCCGAAUGCUCCAUUGCUAAGAUGACAGGUAAUCCUGCUGUAUAUGGCAAAAGAUGGAGAUAAUGGAGGAUGGUCUGGUCAGUGAUACUCAUUAUAGAAAAUGGGAGGAUUGUUUGCCAUUGUUGUGUUUCACCAACCUUUAAAUGUGCAGCAAUUUUCAGGCUGCUGUUUAUUUGUUCCAGCAGUGCUCAAUGAAUGUGUUCAUUGAAAUCUAAGACUGUUGAACAGAGGCCUAUGGGUUAUAUUGCUGACGUCAGGCCAAAACCUCCAAAUGUUCAAAUAUGACCACUGUCGAACAUUUUUUUUUUACAACUUAGUCCCCAUGCGGGUAUAUAUGUUAGGGCGCUUUCACACUAGCACUGUUUGGUCCAUUUUAAACAGACCAGAGUUCUUUUUGUCAGAUAGUCUGCUUCGGUUUGUAGAUGUGAACGCGCAUCCGAACUCUAGUUCAGAAAGAACAAAAAUCGUGAGUCUCGGUCCGCUUUAAGCGCAACCUGCUUCGCUUGUGAAUGCAACCGGAGCAGGGUCAGCUUUGCUACUUUAUGUACAGGGCAUCCUUGGAAGCGGAAGUACUGCGCGCAUGCUAUUCAAAAUCCACAAUGGCAAGAUGACAGAUGAUUGGCCAUGGCCAAAUGUUGUUGUGUCGCGCUAAGCAGUUGCAUUUGAUACACAGAAUCUGAUUCUAAUGUGGUGGGUGUGUUUUGCGUGCUGUUGCUGAACAUACUGUGUGUGAGUGACAGUGGCAUAGACAGGCGGAGCUUUUCGGGGCGGCCAUUUAGUGAGUCUUGCUCUCCUGGAUGUGGCGACAAUUUUACAGGCCAAAAAGUCAUGAAACUGAGAGCAAUCACAUGCUUCAGUAACUUGGGGUACUACACGGUUCUCUUUCAUGGUUUAAUUUCCCCCUAUGCAUUUUUUUAUAUACUCCAGUUCGUUCGGCAUUGAGUCGGGAGGGAGCGAGCCCGCUGCUGGCCGAGUGGCGAGUUGAUAUGCUAUGCUACAUUACGUGCAGUGUCACAGCACCACGCUGUGAUGCUCCACGCUUCAUCACCUUCUCCUCUUCUAUUUGUCCAAUCAUUGUGUGCGCCUUUUGUCCAUGUGAUGUUACUCGAAAAGUUCGGUUGGCGCAGUGUGAAUGCUGAACCUUCAUAACAGCUCAUUUGCAAGUCUUGCUGCAAGGUAGCUCUCCAACCGGACUGUGGUCCUCUUGGUCUAGUGUGAAAGCGCCCUUAGUGACCAAUGUAAAGUUUUGAAAAUGACUAGCUCUCUUUGACAAUGCAAUGUUAGUGGCUUAACAUUUUGCUGUAUUCUAAAACGGGUCGGUUUUUGAAAUACGAGGAUUCUGUCUGAUGCCAUUAUUGUUAAUUUUAGGUCAGGCUUUGAGACUUCCAUUUAUGUCAUACUGUUUAUCAUUUUGCACUCAUAUAGACAUAGCUUAGGCCAAACUAAGCAAUUGUUACAUUUCACUAUUUAUGUGACACUUAAACUCACCUUAGAGUGAAAUCUGACCAGUUGUUGUGCUACGACAACUAAGGCAGAAAUUUCCCUAUCAUUAAUAGGGAUUAUUUGCUGACUAUAGGUCAAAAUAGAAGUUUAUAAUUGUGUCUGGAGCACAGAAAUGUCAAUACUGGGUGAUUUAAUCAUGUACAGUAGAGGCAUUGCAUGUUCCACUGUUGAAAUUAUAAACAGUACACAGAUUUUAGCAUGCAUACUAACUAUUUAAAAUGUAUAGAGUAAGAUAAGUUAAAAAUGUUAUUUAUUUUUCAUUUGCACAAUGACAUAGUGUGUUCCUAUUGUUGAAGUGAUUUUUAACAUGUUGAUCGUCAGAAGUAGAUGAGAUUAUUUAAAAUUGCCAUCUUCAUCCAAAUGAAGUCAUUUGUCCUAAACUUUUUAGCUGUCUGUUAUUUAUUAUUACCACAAAUGUGUGUAAACUGUGGCUUUCCCUUGGUCCUUUGGGAUGGCAGACAAUCCUAGUUAGAAUGCCAGCACAAGAUAAUAAAUGUUAAAUCUGCACAUUUUUCUGUCAUAUUUUUGCAGCAAUGUUCCAUUCUACGAGUAACAAAAUGUAGCGGAACAGUUUUUAGCGAGACUUUAUUAACCAUUUCAAUACUGUCUCUGUCUAGAGGAACCUGAUGCACAAACUCAGCCUUAAUACACCUUGUGUUUUUCUUGGAAAGAAAAAAAAAAUCUCUAAACAAGACUGCGGGUGCCCAUGUUUCUGGUGCACCUAUCCCUACCACUUUUUCCUUGCACUCUAUUCUCUUGAAGGUACUCUGUGAACAACAAGCUUCUUUAGAAAUUGUUUCUUCUUGUGAAGUUUGUCAAUAAAUGUCUUCUGCAGAGUCUGGG